AUGGUUACUCAGCCGGGGCCUUCACACCGGGACGAUGCUCAAUUUGGCAGCAGAACCAUUGCACCCGCGGUUUGCGGAGCCACUCGCAUCGCAAGUGGUGAAUAUCCUCUUCGCAUGCUAGCCAUUCUUGGUAGACAGUUAUCGAAAUUUACUAGAGCUCAAUCGAAGUUGCUAGCUGGGUCCUUGGAUUUUCUUGGAAUAAAUUACUAUGCUAGUUACUAUGCAAGCGAUGCACAUAAGAGUAGUUAUUCAAGCUAUACAACAGACUCUCGCGUUACAUUUUCAUGCGUGGAUGAGUUCAAUAAUCCCAAAGUAUCACUUGCGGAAGUCCCCAAUGAUACCACUAAAAUGGACUACUACAAGCACCACAUAUAUUAUAUUCAAAGUGCAAUAAGACGUGGUGACAAGGUGAAGGGAUAUUUUCCGUGGUCAUUUUAG